UGUAAUUUGACACGGGCUAUAUGGAUGAUAUACUUGGUCGCAUUGUACAAUGCUUCAGAAACAUGAAAGAAGCUUAGUGCUAAAUAUUUGGUAAUUGCUAUGGUAGGAGUUUUGCAGUCUCGUCCCUUCAAUGUUGGAGUUCGUUCCCUCUGCUCUGCAGAAGGUUACUAUAUUCAGAAUCCCGUAAUCCAUAUAUCAUCACCAUGCCUAAUUAAAUGUUUUAGUUCUUCAAUCCAUCAGAGACUUUCAAAGGUUACAGGUGAUUGCAGAAGUAAAACUAAGGUUUUCGCAUUGAGGAGGAGGAGAAGGGCAAAUGAGAGAACUGAAACUUACGUACUAUUAGAACCAGGGCAGGAUGAGAGAUUUGUUUCUGAGGAAGAGUUGAAGGCAAUUUUGAAACAGUUAUUGGAAAAUUGGCCAGGCAAGGUUCUUCCUCCUGAUCUUGCUAGAUACGAGAACAUUGAUGAUGCUGUUUCUUUCCUUGUGAGAUCUGUUUGUGAACUUGAAAUUGAUGGUGAUGUUGGCUCAAUUCAAUGGUAUGAGGUCCGUUUGGAGUGAUAGUUAAGUUUGCCAUGUUAACUUGGUUACGACCUUCAAUUCUCUUGUAACGAACACAAACAUGUUAAUUUAAUUAAUGCAAGAGCAGCUAGACCCCCCUUCAAAGUGUUGUACUUAUUCAAGAAACAAAAUUGAUAGAAUACAAGAAUAAAAAAUAUAUCUAAAU